AACAGUGCUGUUUACGUGGCAGCAACUAAAAGAGGCAAAAAAAAAUCGAAUUGGGGAACUGACGUGGAAGUUCGGUCCUGUCUGAAAUUAUUUUUGUUUUUCUACCAGCGACUCGUGCGCCGCGGCCGUCAAGAGUUGAGGCACCAGUCCCAAGACCCUAUCCGAGCAGUUAGUGGUCAGAAAUCCGCCGCUGUAGCUCCACAAAUUGCCAAAUAUCCGUGGCGAACUUUGAGCCACCAGUGUGUGUUUCGAUUUAAUUUCCCCCGCUCUCUCUUGACUCUUGGUGGUGUGUGAAAGUUGUUUGGAUUCGAUUUGGAUUUCCUGGGAUUAGAAAAGGGCUGAUAAUGAAUCCGAAUAUGUACGGGCCACCGCCCACGCAAUUCCAGCAACCACAGGCGCAGCAGCAGCCGCAGUUUGGAGCGCCUCCUCCGAUUUCCGGUGGAUGGCCACCUCAACAGCAACCACUACAACAGCAGCAACAGCCGUUGCCGCCGCAGCAGCACCUGCAACAACAACCAGCACAGUAUGGAGCACCGCCGACGUCGUCAGCUCCACAGACUUACCUGAAUGGCAACUACCAACAGCAGCUGGCCACGUCGAUGGGUGGCUUGAGUGUGAGCGGAGGAGGAGUUGGUGGAGGAAAUCCUCUGAAGCCACCACCCACCGCCCAAGGAUUGCCUCCAGUUUCAGCUGCUGGACCGCCUUCAACCGGUUUCAAUCAGUUCAACUCCAAUGCAGCACCUCCACCUCCGAUCAAUAAUAACAAUGCUGCUUUCGCUCCGCCACCGGCUACCAGCUAUGCCAAUGGAGCACCACCGCCCAGUAGUACCGCGCAGAGCGUGCCAAGCGGUGUGAAUCAGAUGACCCUAAAUAGUGCCGGCUUAGCGGGCUUGCCGCAUAUGCCGCCUCCAAAGGCGGCCACGCCGGUGGGACCUCCCGGUCAGCAGCCCCUUGGAGCUCCAGGGCAACCACCACUACCAGGAGCAGGUGCUCCAGUAGCUGGUCAGCCACCUCUACCUGGUCAGGCACCUCUUCCUGGGCAGCCUCCACUACCAGGACAGAUUCCCACAUCCCAGCCUGCACCAGGACCUUUUGGAGUGCCAACUUCGCGACCUGGACAGCCUCUGUUGCCGCCUGGAGCUGCUCCUCCGACUUUUACACAACCGGGACUCCCUCAACCACAGGCGGGGCCACCACAGCAACAACCUGGCCUACCACCCAAACUCCAGCCGGGACUUCCGCCGACGGGACUGCCGCCUCAACCUCAACCGGGAUUUCCUCCUCAACAACAGCCGGGACUGCCGCCCCAGCUGCAACCUGGACUACCACCCCAAGCGCAGCCUGGAUUACCACCCCAACCAGGAGCUCCUUAUGGGGCUCCCCAGCCAGGAGGUUAUCCUGGCGCUGGUUAUCCGGGUCAGCAGGCAGCAGGAGGAUUUCCAGGAGCACCACCACCGCUUCCUGGACAGCAACCAGCUGCUCCGCCCCAAUUCGGAGCCCCACAACCAGGAUAUCCCGGUCAGCAGCCCGGUUAUCCACCCCAGCCAGGUCAGCCGCCCAUGCCUGGAUAUCCGCCACAGCCAGGACAGCAGCCCGGAGCUCCAGGAUAUCCACCUCAACCAGGUGUCGGCUACCCAGGACAACCAGGUCGUCCAGGAUUUAAUCAACCUCCUAUGCCAGGAGCAGGAAACAUGUACCAACAGGCUCCGCAGCCUCGGCGUCUGGAUCCCGACCAAAUGCCCAAUCCCAUCCAAGUGAUGAUUGAGAACCAGCGCUUGGCCGGAGGACCGUUCGUGACCAAUCAACCCGGACUAUUGCCUCCAUUGGUGACCACAAAGUUCGUGGUCCACGAUCAGGGAAAUUCCUCCCCUCGCUUUAUGCGCUCAUCGCUGUACUGCAUCCCCAAUACCGGAGAUCUGCUCAAGACCACGGCUCUGCCGCUGACGUUGAACAUUUCGCCACUGGCCAAGAUCGCCGAGGGUGAACUAGAGCCACCGAUUGUCAACUUUGGCGACAUGGGACCCAUUCGCUGCAACCGAUGCAAAGCGUACAUGUCACCCAACAUGCAGUUCGUGGAUGCAGGUCGUCGAUUCCAGUGUCUUAUGUGCAAGGUGACAUCCGAGGUUCAUCCGGAUUAUUACCAGCACCUGGAUCACACAGGACAGCGUGUGGACAAGCAUGAGAGGCCAGAGCUGCUGCUGGGUACUUACGAAUUCCUGGCCACCAAGGAUUACUGUCGGAACAACACUCCUCCGGAGGUUCCUGCUUUCAUUUUCAUCAUUGAUGUCUCGUACAACACAGUAAAGUCCGGGUUGGUUCAUCUCCUGUGCGCCCAGAUCAAGAACAUACUUAAGCAUUUGCCAGUGGAUCAGGGCCAGGACAAGUCAAAGGUGCGCGUGGGAUUCAUCACCUACAACAGCACCGUGCAUUUCUACAACAUCAAGAGCAGCUUGGCCCAGCCCCAAAUGAUGGUGGUGGGCGAUGUUCAGGAAAUGUUCAUGCCCCUGCUCGACGGUUUCCUUUGCCAUCCAGAGGAGUCUGCAGCGGUUAUUGAUGCUCUGAUGGAGGAGAUUCCACGCAUGUUUGCGGACACCAAGGAAACUGAGACGAUUCUCUACCCGGCCAUUCAGGCUGGCUUGGAAGCCCUCAAAGCCUCCAAUGCCUCUGGAAAGUUGUUGGUCUUCAAUUCAACGCUUCCCAUAGCGGAAGCUCCUGGCAAGCUGAAGAACCGCGACGAUCGGAAACUUUUGGGCACCGACAAGGAGAAGACCGUUCUCACCCCGCAGACAACCGCCUACAAUCAACUGGGUCAGGAGUGUGUCCAGCAGGGUUGCUCUGUGGAUCUGUUUGUGUUCAAUAACGCGUACAUAGACAUUGCCACGAUCGGUCAGGUCGCUCGGUUGACGGGCGGAGAGGUGUACAAGUACACGUACUUCCAGGCGGACGUGGAUGGCAAGCGUCUGAUUGAGGACAUCAUUAAGAACGUAUCCCGGCCCAUCGCCUUUGAUGCCGUUAUGCGAGUACGCACCUCGGCGGGUAUUCGCCCUACGGAUUUCUAUGGCCAUUUCUUCAUGUCCAACACCACAGACGUGGAGCUGGCCAGUAUUGACUCCACCAAAUCGGUGAGCAUUGAGAUCAAACACGACGACAAGCUGCCGCCGGAGGAGAAUGUCUACCUACAGGUGGCCUUGCUCUACACCUCGUGCAGUGGACAGCGGCGCCUGCGUAUACUCAACCUGGCACUGCGGGUGACCACAACGAUUGCGGAUGUCUUCAAGAGCUGCGACCUGGAUGCAAUGAUGCUUUUCUUCGCAAAACAGGCCUGCUUCAAGCUUAUGGAGCACACGCCCAAACAGGUUAAGGACAACCUGAUCCAUCGGUCGGCUCAGAUCCUGGCCUGUUACCGAAAACAUUGCACAUCUCCCACCUCCGCCGGCCAACUUAUCCUGCCCGAGUGCCUCAAGCUCUUACCCUUGUACUCCUCGUGCCUGCUGAAGAACGAUGCGAUUUCCGGUGGCUCCGACAUGACGCUGGACGAUCGCUCUUAUGUUAUCCAGUUUGUGUUGUCAAUGGACCUCAACCAGUCUGUGAACUAUCUGUAUCCCCGAUUCAUUCCCAUACACAACGCUGUGCCAGAGGAAACAGAUUUGCCAACACCCGUCCGAUGCACGCACGAAAAGACCCAGGAGGAUGGCGCCUACAUCCUGGAGAACGGAGUCCAUCUGUUCGUCUGGCUGGGCCAGGCUCUCUCCCCGAACUUUGUACAGUCUGUUUUCGGUGUCCAGGGACUGCAGCAACUUGCUCUCGAGCGUUUCAACAUCGUGGCAGACACGCCACUGGCCAAGCGCAUCAGCGAUAUUCUAGAGCAGAUCAUGCAGGAGCGCACACGAUACAUGAGGAUCACUUGGCUGCGUCAAAACGACAAACUGGAGAGCGUGUUCCGUCACUUUUUGGUCGAGGACCGUGGCACAGACGGCUCGGCCAGCUAUGUCGAUUUCCUGUGUCACAUGCACAAGGAGAUCAAGGACUUACUGAGUUAGCACGCCGGCCAUUCAGGGAUGUACAAGCAGGCCGAGGCGAGUUGGGCGGACAGCUAUUCCCAGAACCGGGCACGGUUGCGUCGCCUGUCCUCCAUGCGCAGUCGCCUGGGAAAAUAGGGUGGAAGAUCGGAGAGAGCUAAGAAAUCCGUUGUAGGAACUGGAGCCUCAGCUGGCGGAACUUCAAUUAUAUUUACAUAAAAAAUACAUAUACAUAUAUAUUAAUUAACGUCUAUCAUUUUGAGCGUAUCAAUUCUUCCAUUAAUUUUAUUAAAGUUUCCAUUGAUUUGCAUUGAUUUACUUUAAAGUUUAUAUACUAUAUAAUAUAUAUUUGUAUGUAUUUCCCCCAUCGCUACGCUAAAGAAAGGAAAAAAAAACGGAACAUUUGUUAAACAAGGCAACUAAAAAAUUGCAAAUUCUUAGCAAAAAUUAUUCUCUUAUCAAAUUCCACUGAAUAUGAUAAAUUGUAAUUAAAAAUUACUCGCAAAUUUCCCACAGUUGAAAACUACUAGAUGAUUAUAAUGGAUAGAAUAAGAGCACUCCUUUGUUUCCUUCGUUUUGUUUAUUUUUUUGGCCUAAAAACUGAUGAUGUUAAUUUUAAUGUAUUUUUGCAAUAACUUGUGCGCUGCGCCCUGCUUUUUAUCAUACUGUAUGUCAUUUAAAAGAUUAUUAUUAUAUAUUAUAAAACCUAAAUGUUUCGUGUGAGAAUUAUUCGACUUAUAUGGUUAUAUUGCCCCCUCUACGGAAAUCAGACACUGUUCAAAGCGGAAAAAAAUAUAGUGAGAUCGAAAAUUGGAAUAAAAACUUAAAAAUACUACAAA